UCAUCUCCUCUCGCGAGUCGUAACUCGUGACUCGCUCGGUCUCGCCUCUCCCCGUCCCCUGGCUCGGUGGCGCAGCUCCCGCGGUCGUCCCCGGCUGGUGGCGCCAUAGCAGCGCGGCCAACUGCGGCCCACCAGCGCACCGCCGCUUAUCCAGCCCCACGCAUCUGCCCCAGCAGCUAACCCUAGCGACUCGCGGCGCCCCAGCCGGCUCCGGCGGCGCCUGCUGUCCAGCGCGGGCACGUGGCGACUAGGCGCCAGGACCUCGGCGGCUCGGCCGCCUGAGACGCCGACUCGCCUGACUGCCCGUCCGGCACUUCAAUCCUUCACCCUUGUGCUCACUACUCUACAGGACUACCCAAGGUUCAAAUCCUGGGUCCGCCCACUGCUCUCCCUUUGCGCCGAUGUCGUUCCGAGGCCGUGGAAGAGGGGGCCGCGGGAGAGGGAGAGGGGGAGGGUUCGGGUACGACCACCCGGCCAAGCACGUGCCGCACGAGGACUUCCCGGACACCACCCUGCCGGAGAUGAUGUGCGUCAAGAUGAGCAACGAGGAGAAGGCGCUGUUAAUGUCCACGUUGAAGCUCGAGGAGUUCUGGCGGACUUCCUGCUACCACCUAGAGGAGGAUGCUCCCAAGAAAAAGAAUGAAGACAAAGAGAUUGAAAGAUUUUCUGAUAGGAAACGCAAGACACAUAACAAACGUGAAGCUCUUGCAUCAUAUCUCAAAUUAACCCCUUCGAAUUUCCCUGCUGAACUGGUACAAGGUUCUAGAAGGGGGCAAGUAAGCAACAAGAAACUCCGCUGGGAUAAAGAUUCAGAUGAGCAUGCUUUUCAAGUGUUUGAGAAGCUUGAAGAGAAACACAAGGAUGGAAGCAAGGUGGAAAAGGAAGGCGAUGACGAGGAGGAAGAGGAAGAGGAAGAAGUGCAAGAGGAGGAAGAAAAUUCAGAUGAUGACUAUAAUCAGAAUAUUGAGUUUGAUGACGACGACGAUGAUUGGAACCAAGAGGAAGAAGCACAUGAAGAUUACUACGAUUAAGUGCGGAUGGCCAGAUUUUUGCUUUCUUUUCUUUUCAUUUGCAACUCAUCCAGCAAAUUUGUUGGGAGUAGUACCUACCUAGGCUAUUGUAGAGCAAUAUUUGCGCUGUUCUUUUCUUUUCAAAAUGGUACAUGCUUUGUCAGAAACUCAGACCUAUCAGAAUAGUAAGAUACACCGUUGCCAACUUUUGUGUUGCACCCUGCCUCGCUGCAAACAGUGACGGGAUAUGCAAUGGGGUGUAGUUUAUUUGCCA